GGCUGAAAUUAGGCUUUAACUCCUGGAUCCUACAAAUGAUACAUGCAGUGUACACUUUAUUAUUAAUAGAAAUAAGACCUGUUUCUUUUUUAGGUUUAUCAGAAAUGCUGAGUCAUUUAACUGGAAAUUACUAACCCCAUCAACCCUGACUCGUCCCUACAGUCAGAUUUUUUAGUUCCCUGGUUGAACUCUGGGUCUCCAUCCUCCUGUCACAGAUGGCUUCUUUCAAAGUCCUCCUGCUUUUGUCUCUAAUUUCUGAGUUUACAGCUCUGCAGCAGGAUGUGCAGGUGAAGCUUGGAGAGGACGUCACUCUUCAGUGUCAGAUUCCUAAAAAUGAAACCAUCUCAGUGCUGAAGUGGAGCAGAGCUGACCUGAACACAGACGGCUACGUCUACUUCUACAGGAACAGACGCUCCUAUGAAAACUACCAGCAUCCAUCUUUCCACGGCCGAGUGAAGCUGAGGAACCCGGAGAUGAAGGACGGAGAUGUUUCUCUGAUUCUGGAGAACGUCAUGUUUAAUGACACUGGGAUAUAUGAGUGUCACAUAGCAGUGAGGAACCCUGGGAGAAGUAAGAGAGCUCACACUGAGAUCAGCCACUUCAUCAACCUCACAGUCACAGAUGACAAACAUGAACAUGUGUUGAAGAAACAAGUCCUGGAAAAAGGAGCUGCAGAUAGAAACAUGCAUGAUGCUGAAAAGAUUGGAGAAGGUGCUUUAGAGAUUCCUCAGAGAUUUUGGCCCAUCACACUGUUCCUUCACAUCCCAGAGGUGCUCUAUCAGACUGUGUGGAGGCUGCUGGAGUACAGAGAUCUUCCUGUCAUGUGA